UGACUUAAUCACUCCAGCUGGCAGUUCUUUAAAAAGGCUUGGGUCCCUGCCCUUUCCAAAAGCAGUUUUGGCAGCGCUUCAGGGGCCUGGAAAGGUCUUCACUUUCCUUUCCAGCAGUCACACUUCUGGGGAUUUGCCCGAAGGAACUAAUCCUAAAUAAAGAAAAGAAAGGACUGGCGCCCAGCAUUAUCCACUGCAGCCCACGUUUGAGAUCAUCGUGAGCGACAGGUGAAAUGUCUGCUCCGGGAUUGUACCAGGCGACUGCUGGGCCUUCGUCGGUGCCCACCGCACCCCCAUCCUAUGAAGAGACGGUGGCCAUUAACAAUUACUUCCCCACGCCGCCUGGGCCGACCACGGGGCUCGUGACUGGCCCUGAUGGGAAGGGCAUGAACCCUCCUGCGUACUACACCCAGCCAGUGCCCGUCCCCAACGCCAACGCAAUUGCUGUGCAGACAGUCUACGUGCAGCAGCCUGUCUCCUUCUUUGACCGCCCGGUACAGAUGUGUUGCCCUUCCUGCAACAAGAUGAUUGUGACCCAGCUGUCCUAUAACGCCGGAGCCCUCACCUGGCUCUCCUGUGGGAGCCUGUGCCUGCUCGGGUGCGUAGCAGGCUGCUGCUUCAUCCCUUUCUGUGUGGACGCCCUGCAGGACGUGGACCAUUACUGUCCUAACUGCAAAGUUCUCCUGGGCACCUACAAGCGUUUGUAGGACUCGACCAGGCCUGACGGGAGCUGUAUGUGGCAGGGAGUCCGCUCCGACUCUCAGCCAGUCCCACCCCUGAUGGAGAUUCUGCCUUGGUGGUCUCUUCCUUCCAGGGGUUCCACCUUUGUGUCUUCUUUUGGGGGGAAAUAUUGCAAAAGUAACACACUUCCAAACCCCAGAAAUUGCUGCUUGGAGUCGUGCACAGGACAUGCAGAGACAUUUACCUUGAGUGCUGGGUCAAGGGUGUCCCACCUGCCUGCCACCCUAGGCCGUCAUCCCAUCUCACUGUGAUCGUUGCCCUGUCUGAGUAUCUUCCAGUGAUUUGCCUUGCCAGCUUCUUUUCUUGCCUCAGUGGGCCUUUUUGGUGGUGGGCUCCAACUGAGAAGCCACAGGUUGCCUUAUGUUUGAGACUGUUCUGGCCUGAAUGCGGCCGAGCCAGCCUCUAGCAUUACCAUCGUGUCCGUCUGUCUGUCCUCACGUCUGACGACAAAAGGCUUGCCUCAGGCCUUGGCCCUCAGGUUCUGUAACCGCAGGCUUUUCACUAGCACAAAAAUUCACUUUAAUUUUUGAAUUCGUUUUUACGUACAUGGAGGGACUACCCACACCCCCCAGACAAGGAUCCAUGGGGUCAUAAACGAUUCUAGAAACACGGGGCUGGUCGCACCACUGCUCCGUCUGCCCUCGGCUCUCUGUGCCAGGCUCUCAGCCAGGUUCCAUGAAGGGCUUUUCCUUGUGGAGGAAUUAUUUGUAGUAACAGUUUUUACAGCCUUUUGGUCUUAAACACCUUUGAACACAAUUUUGAAAGAAGGGAUUUAUAGAACCGUUUUCUGAAACUGUGUAAUUGGUAUCAUUUCCCCAUUUGCCAAGGCACUCUCAUAUAUAUAUAUAUUUUUUUCUUAACAAAAACAGUCAUGGGCAGUUGCACCCAGUGCCUUUACUUGGGUUAAUGUGGUUCUGGAAAACCUUCAUGACGGAGCUGGGAACGUGGGCCCCUUUGGGCUCCUGGUGGUGUGCGUGGGAAGACACAGAGGAGCAUGAGGGAGCACUUCCAGGUGCCGUGGUGCUGAAGGGCGUGGGGGCCAGAACUGUGUCCAGGGAACCCGAAGUCUGAUUUUAUUUCUCAGAAAUCUCAUUUGUUGUAUGCCAUCGGAAGACAUGAUUUCUAGGACUCAAGCAGCAAGCCAGAGUUCUUGGGUUGCCGCUGUGUCAUCUUUGAAAUCAAGACAAAGCGGGACUCGCCUUCCAGGAGUCCCCAUUUUGAUGAUAAAUAGGCACAGGGGAUGCAUGUGAAUAAUAGUAUGUAGAAGUCAAGCCUAGACCUUGAACAAAAAUCUGUAUAUUGGCUGAAAAUUAGAAUCAUAACCGUUGAUUCAGCUUAUUCACUUGAUAUUUUGAAAGUUUCAGUAAUUAUUUUUUGCAACGAAUAUGGAUACUACAUCGCACUUUGGUGUUUAUCUGCUUUUGAAAAAUAAAGUCUUUGGUUCAUUUGGUGAACUAUUUAUCAGUU